AUGGCUUCAGGAGUCCCUUUUGUAAUGGAAAUUGCCCAGGACAGAGUUAAAGACUGCCACGUGUCCCCUGUUGGGUUUUACUGCUUGGAACAAGGAUUUGUUGUAGCAAUCAUAUGUGCCCCAGUCCUAAAUAUUGAUGUAAAAGCUGGAAAUGAUGGCAGGCAUCUGGAUAUUGUCAGGUAGGACAGAAAUGUGCAAAUUUCCUAAUUUUGCAAACAUUACCUGCAGACAGAAAACUGUGAGGGGAAGGUGAUUUUGCUGCAGCAUGAGAAGAAUGGGAACAAGGCAGAGCUGCAGCACACCCUGUGCAGGACAAGGCAUAACUGAGGCAGGGACAGGGGACAGGGGAGAUGCUCCAGAGUAUUCCCUUAGCCUGUUAGCCCUGCUAACAUCUCCCUCAGCCCUGGUGGCUCUGGACAAGCAAAAUUCAUGCCCUGAGUGGGAAUACUGUGGGAGUGUCCAUCUUUAUCCCUGCAGUAUCCUGAGAGCUCCUGAGGUGUGCUUUGCUCAUUCUGCUCAGGUGUGCUUUGCUCAGCCCGUUCAGGUGUACUUUGCUCAGAUUGUUCAGGUGUGCUUUGCUCAGCCCGUUCAGGUGUGCUUUGCUCAGCCCGUUCAGGUGUGCUUUGCUCAGCCUGUUCAGGUGUGCUUUGCUCAGAUUGUUCAGGUGUGCUUUGCUCAGAUUGUUCAGGUGUGCUUUGCUCAGCCCGUUCAGGUGUGCUUUGCUCAGCCCGUUCAGGUGUGCUUUGCUCAGAUUGUUCAGGUGUGCUUUGCUCAGAUUGUUCAGGUGUGCUUUGCUCAGCCUGUUCAUUGUGUCUGGAAGGAGAGGGCUCUGGUCUCUUGCAGCUCCUCCAACUCCAUUUCCUCUCGUUCUGUGAGUGUGAAGAGACAGAUUUCAAGUUACAAUCCCAAAAUGGGGGGAACAUCACCAAGCCAAGAGCUUUCAAACUCAGAUAAGGAGAGCCAGCUUAUGUUUUACAAUCGUGUUUUAGGAUAGACAGGUAAUAAAGUAACACCUUCCCCCUGCUCUGGGUCUCACAGCAGCCAGGCAUCCUUCUUUCCUCACAGCUCACAAAGCCUUGAUCUGGAAGGUAAGUCUAUACAUCCUAUAAAUAAAGUCUGCUAGGCUUCAUCUCUUCAUCCAAGACAAAAAGAAAUAUUUACAUUAUUUCUGUGUAGAAUAACACAGCACAAUUGCUCACUGCUUUUAUUCAUUUGGAAAUGUUGCUCAACCUGACAAACGAAACAGAAGUCUGGCAUAAUUUUCCAUGGCUUGUAAACACCAAUUUAUAUAUAAACAACAGCAGCCAAAUGUAAAUAGACAAUCAGCACAGCAAGGAGAUUGAAAAGAUCAGUUUGCAAAGCAUGACAGAUUUUCUUCUUCCAGCAUUCUUCUCACUCCUGGUUAUCAAAGGCCAGCACACAAGCAGUACCUCAGGCAGACCUGUUUGAACAUGCUCUCCUGCCUUUUGUACAAAUUUAAAAGAAUGGAUCCUCACGCAAGCAUUCCAAAUUGAGAAACAAAUUUGAAAAAAAAUUGCUACAAUGCACUGACAGAUUUCUCUCCAAGGAGCUGCUUGAUCCAUUCUUGCACUGAGAAAAUGAGAGGGGGAAAUCUGUACCUCUGUAAUUAAAAAUUAAAACCAGAGCAUUCCUUGCAUGCUCCGUUUGCUCAAGGGAGAAAGAAGUACCUUUGCUCUGCUUUUACUCCUUGGUGUCAACAAAGUUCUCCAGAGCUGAAGGAGUAUUAAUUUUUCUUCUCAGCACAAAGAUGCUGCUGACAUAUUAGGACUUAGCCAUAAUUUAACACAUUAAAAUGAGGGCGAAAAGGGGCAGUAUUGGGCUUUAAUAACAGAUAAACGGCAUAACUCUAAGAUUCUUCUUCUUCCUGCAACAAAAGAGAGCACUGCAGCCAGCAGGUGAGCAAGAGAACACUACAGGGUGUGGUGAAGAUCCCAUUAAAUUAACUGUGAAGCCAAAAACUCUGUGUGUGUGUGUGUGUGUGUGAGCAUGUGGGUAUAAAAUAUCUGGCUAUUUCAAACCAUGGGAGCAUGACAGCUGUGAAAAAGGAGUGCCGCAGGGAAUUCUUUUAGAGUUUGGUUUUUUUUAAAAUAUGUUUGACAUGGAAAAUGUUUUAGUACAAAUAAAGCAACUGGUAUUGAACUUAAAAAGUGUAUGCGGAGGGGAAGGGAGAAAGAAGAGAUUGCUGUGUGGAACAGGGAUGAAUUAUUCAUGAUAUUUAAAGAAAGAAUGCCUCCGAAAUGUUCUGCAAGGCAGUCCAUGCUGAUAAGUCGGAUGGUUAUUUUCCCCCCCAUUUAAAGCAUCAUUAAUUCAACAUCUUUGUGAUUUUUUAAAAAAAAAAGAACCUUGUGAGAUAUUUCUGAAAGAAACAUUAUUUAACUUAGAUUAGGAUCUUAUUUAUUCAGAUAAUUUCGUAUAAAUAUCAAAGAGACGAGUGGAAUUAUUUAACCAUAAAGAGACAGCUUAAGUACUUUAAGAAAAUAAUCGAGAAGUCUUUUUUUGUUGGUUUUG